AUGGAUUCUUCUCAGCACUUAGUGACCUUCGAGGAUGUGGCUGUGAACUUUACCCAGGAGGAGUGGACUUUGUUGGAUCAAACACAGAGAGAUCUCUACAGAGAUGUGAUGCUGGAGAACUACCAGAAUCUCAUUAUACUAGCAGGAUACGAAUCAUGCAAACCUGAUCUCACCUCUUCAAUGGGAGGAGCAGAAGAGCUGAGGACAGGAGGGAGAGGAAUUCUGCAGGAAUUGGAUUUGCAGCUCAAAACCAAAGGUUCCACAUCCCUUCAAGAUAUUUCUUUGGAAAAAACAUCAAAUGGAAUCCAGUUGGAGAGAAGCAAUGCUGGAGCAAAGCAAUAUGGCUCUCACCUGUAUGGAAGAGCAUUUAGUGGGCACUCAUUUAUGACUCACAGUAGACAGAAAACUUCUAAGGGUAAUCAGAAUGGGAAAGCCUUUAAAAAGAACUUUAUUUGUACUUUGCUCAAGGAAAUCCCUGUUGGGGAGAAAACUUCCGAGAGUGUUCAACAUGAUAAAGCCCUUUGUCAGCUUUCAAAUCUUACUGGGCAGAAGGAAACUCAGACACGAGGGAAAGUGUGUGAAUGCAAAGACUGUCAGAGAACUUUUGUUGAUCAGUCAUCCCUUAAGGUACACAUGAGACACCACACUGGAGAAAAACCAUAUGAAUGUAAAGAAUGUGGGAAAGCCUUCCCUCAUUCCUCAUACCUUACGGAUCAUAGAAGAAUUCACAGUGGAAAAAAGCCCUAUGUAUGCAUGGAAUGUGGGAAAGCCUUUACUCGAUCGACAGGACUUAUUUUACACAUGCGAAUUCACACUGGAGAAAAACCAUAUGAAUGUAAGGAAUGUGGAAAAGCUUUUAUUCACUCUUCAUACCUUACAAAACAUGUAAGAAUUCACAGUGGAGAAAAGCCAUAUUUAUGUAAGGAGUGUGGGAAAACGUUCACUCGUUCCUCAGGACUUGUCUUACACGUGCGAACACACACUGGAGAGAAACCCUAUGUAUGUAAGGAAUGUGGGAAAGCCUUUAAUAAUUCUUCAAUGCUCAAUCAGCAUGUAAGGACACACACUGGAGAGAAGCCAUAUGAAUGCAAGCAGUGUGGGAAAGCUUUCACUCAGUCUUCAGGCCUUACCACACAUUUAAGAACUCACACUGGAGAGAAGGCCUAUGCGUGUAAAGAAUGUGGGAAAGCUUUUGCUCGUUCUACAAAUCUUAAUAUGCACAUGCGAACGCAUACUGGAGAAAAGCCCUACAAAUGUAAAGAAUGUGGGAAAGCCUUUAGAUACUCCACAUGCCUUAAUAUUCACAUGCGAACUCACACUGGAGAGAAACCAUAUGAAUGUAAGGAAUGUGGGAAAAACUUCACUCAAUCUUCGGCACUUGCUAAACAUUUAAGAACUAAGGCAUGUGAAAAAACCUGUAAAUGUUCUUCAGAUGUUAGUAUUCACAUCUAA